AUGGCGGAGGGUAGCGGUAACGUUAACGUCAGUCCGGGCGACCUCCCACCGGGAGACCCGCAGUUAAUCGGUAUGAUCGUGGAGCAUCUGAAGAACCACGGGCUUUUCGACGAGUUCCGCCGCGAUUGUCUCGCUGACGUUGAUACGAAGCCCGCCUAUCAGAACCUGCGACAGAAAGUCGACAACUACGUGACGUCGCACCUGAGCACGCAGGACUGGAACCCGUCCAUCAACAAGAACCAGAUGAGGAACGGGCUGAGACAAAGUGUUGUUCAGUCCGGUAUGCUGGAGUCCGGUGUGGACAGGAUCAUCACUCAGGUCGUCGACCCCAAGAUGAAUCACACUUUUCGGCCGCACAUAGAAACUGCAAUUCACGAUUUCUUGUCAGGGGAGAAAAGGGACGGCGCCUUCAGUUCUAACUGUGCACCGUCAGAGCCGUUGGAUCUACAGGAGGCCCCCCCUGCGCCUGGCCCCAAAACCCCGAGACGUGAACGCGCAUUGCUCAUGCGGCUUCAUAUAUUUCAGCCUCCGUGCAGCGGGGAUAGUUUCCAGCGGACACCCUGUGCGAGGCGACACCGCUCCAGAACCUGUGGAAGCUACGGAGUAAAGAGAGAAGGGCCUCCAAUAGAAAGCAUGCCAGCCCACGUGUCCGCCGGGUUGUUCCUGCUCGUGGUCUGUCAGCAGGUGCUGACCCUGGAUCUGCGAGAUGCGCACGAGAAGCAAGGGAGCCAAGUCAAAAAGCGCCUGUCCCCGCAGAGCGCAGAACACAGGCUUGCUCUUUGUGACUUUCUCUCCCUCUCAGCCGAGAUUCAGAGUUGCCUGGUGAGUUCAGGGGACGUCGGCUGUGGGACGUUUCAGUGUUUUAACAACAACUCCUGUGAGAUCCAAGGGCUGCACCACAUCUGUCUCACUUUGCUGCACAACGCGGGGUGCUAUGACUCACAGGGAAAGUCCUUUGUGAAGGAAGCGUUGCGGUGCAUGGCACUGGGUCUGAGGCAGCGCUUCAGCUGUGUGAGCCGCCGGUGCUCAGCGGUAAAAGAGAUGGUGUUCUCACUCCAGAGGGAGUGUUACUCCAAACACCAGCUCUGCCUCGCGCCACAAGACCACAUGGAUACCAUGGGCAACCUGGUGCAGUUCCACCUGAUGUUUCCCCCGGGACCUCACGUGGAGCUGAUGAACUUCCUGUUGAGGUGCGGAGACAAAGUCGGGUCGUGGGUCGGGCAGCGGCUGCGCGCGCAGUGCGAGCACCACUGGGGGGCGCUGUGCAGCAGCUUCGGCAGCACCUGCUCUCACCGCCAAGCAGACGCUCUGCAGAACACCACCGCCCCACCACCACCACCCGUCGGGUCCUUGCCUGUCGCAAAUCAAGUGCACCUGAGGCAGUCGACCGAGGUGUCCGAACCAGAGCAGAGGGAAGGCCUGAGUCGCAACGCCAACCAAUCUGAGAGAGCCAAUGUUACUUCUGUAUGAAGAGGCAGGCGAGUCAAGCAUAGGUGCAGCUAGGGUACACUAAAGUCAUGGCACUUAUUAUUAUUACACCAGCAGUGGUGGUAGUAGUUUAGUGUCUCAUUGCUGGUGAAAGCAAUCUAACUUUAACUUAUUAAAUAUGUUGGGUAUCCAUGCUAGAUUAAUAUUUUUUACAUUUGAUUUCGGAUGAAAACCAUUUAUCUACCUCACGUCAACGUCACAGUAAACUGCAGUCGCUGUAUCCUGCAGUGAAACAUACCAGGGAUUCAGCUGCUAUCUCAGUCAGUAUUCUGACAUUUCAAAUCAGUUUUUGUACACUAGUGUUUUAUUGCGCACCAUAAAGUGGACAUAUUAUCUAACGGCAUCUUGUAGAGUCAGGGUUCAGUCUGUAGGAAGGAAAGCACUCUUUGUUCUAUGAAUAUGUAUUUUUGAUGCUCUGCUUGAGUCACAUUUCAUACAGACGACAGAUUUUAAGACAUG